GGCGCACUUCCACUACGAGCGGGCGGCGGCCGUAUGAUCUUUGUCUAUUCAUUGAAUUAUUGAAACCAUUUCCGACAUUCAAAUACCUUUUUAACCCCUUUCCUGUACUACGUAGGCCGUGCUGAACUAUUUAACCUACCCUCAGUACAUGCAGUGGCUACACUCUCGGUGGUGACAUCAUGGAAGACCGGAAAAGAAGGAAUAUUUAGAAGAUACGUAGCGCUCAACUUGGAGAAGCGCCAAUCAGAUGCGUUGUAGAGAUUCCCAAGCCUAUUCUUGUAGACUGUGAUAACCGACUCGGCCUAGAGCAUGGAGAGGAGAUCCCAGUCAUCAUCAAUGGUUUAUAUGAAUGCGCCCGAAAUCUGCUGGAUAGACAGAAGACGACUAACGAACAGUAUAUACGCUGCAUUAGCAAGCUCAAGUUCUUGAAGAAGUUACUCAACUCGGAUGGUUCUCAGGAGUACCCCAGCAUGAGUGGUCAGACCAGAGAGAGUCGAGUCAUUCAUGCUGAAGUUGUCUAUCUGUUUGGCGGAGUGGAGGUCAUGGUACAGCUGCUAUUGUUACCACAAUAUUACCCCGUACUGAAGCCAGGGAAUUCAAAGUCAUUUAAAGCAGAGUCGGAGCUGAGGACAAGGUUAUCAUACCAAGUACUGGAUGUCCUGCAUUACAUGUGCUUGUGUAUGGGUCCAGACAUUGCCGGCCCCUUGUCAGACAGAGAGGAUCUCAUCUUUAAUCUCUUCAACCUCAUGUCGGAGAAGUCCUGCUUCCUCAAGGCCGCCACUCUCUUGGAGGACAUUCUGGGUGUCAAACAGACUAUGAUAUCAUUGGAUAAGAUACCCAAGCUAGAUGCCCUGGUCGACAGCUUUGAUGAGGAGCAAGUAGCUAACUUCUGUCGGGUCCUGUCCAUCGCCGUGUCGGACACCGAGAGCAGAGAUGAACAGCCAAACCUCGUCGCGCAGGACAGGGCGAACAGGAACAGGACGGGUGUCCCGGUCUCAGAUUUGAACCAAGAAAUUCUCGUUGGGCUUCCAAACUUUGUGAUGAAGUUAGUGCAGAUUGCAUGCAAGAGGAUAGACACGCCUUCGACCAGCAACAUGCCAGGCCUGUUCAAUGAGAUCGAAGGCUGGGUGACGUGGCUGGACAGCUCCCUGGCCUUUGAUGCACUGGCUGAGGUAUCCAACGACGAGGAAGUCUUUCUGAGUCUGCCCCUGAACGACCUGUCGGCGCCCAUCCCCCAAUCGCUCAAGACCAUGCAUGAGCUGGUCUACAAAGUGGAGGUGUUGUAUGUGUUAUGUCUACUGCUGACGGGUAAACAACGAACAAAGAUCCACGAGAUGCUCUCCAAGUACAAGCUAAUGGCCGGUCUGAAUGUCCUCUUCGACAAGGUCAUCUGGAGGUGCAACCUGAGGUCCCAGCCCAUGCACGGACUGAACGAGAACUGCGACUGCAGCCCGGAGGUCGCCCUCAAAGUGCAGUUCCUCAGGCUCGUCCACAGCUUCUGUGAUCAGAAUGAGAAUAAGUACCUCAUCCUUACAAGAAACGAGAUCAAUGACUUGAACAGAAUAUCCAGCAGUGCCAGCCUCCCACCGUUAGAUGCAGUCAGAGACAUUGACAGGUCUUUGUUGUGUACGGGGGCUAAAGGAAUCUUAACCAAACUUGUUGACGUACUCAAGAAGGAGCCCGCUGAAUCGCCAUUCAGAUUCUGGAUGUCGAGAUCCAUUGAGAGCUUCCUGAGAGGCAAGACCUCCUUCGCUGACCAGACCUUCUUACUCCGGAAGGGUCUCCUGGAAGUCAUCCUGACCAACAUCAACGGCAUCGGCACCAAGUCCAAGGAGGUGCUGCAGAGCAACUUUGACCUGCUGGCCGAGCUCAUGAAGUUCAACCACAUCGCCUUCAAGCGAUUCAACAAGUUCAUCGACACUCAAGAAAAGUUGGAUUCUUUCUUGAAGUUGGUGACAGAGAACAUUGUGGAUUCCAACAUGUUUGUCCGAUGCCUGAUACUGACGCUGGAUCACUUCCAGAGGGAACAGCCAGAAAACUACGAGUAUGCCAUGAGGAGUUGCCGCCUUCUCCAGUUCAUCCGCAAAAGGGACAUGAGAAUUAAAUUCCUCAUCAAGCUCAUCAACACAGUCCAUGUAGAAAUCCUCACCCAGGAAAACGUGAGUUGUCUGAACACCACCAUCAUCUUCUUGAUGUUUGCCCAGCGCUCCUGUGAGCUGCCAGAGUAUCUGUCGGAGCUGAGGAACGAAGAACAGAGCCAGCUCAAGCCCGGAUUCCUACUCCAGAACUUCAGGGAGCUAGUGUUCUUCUGGAGAGACCAUUACCUUCAUAAAGACAAAGAUUCCUCCCAGCUUGAGAAGAGUUCCUGCAUUCCAUUCGAUAAAUGGACAGCCAUCGCCAACGUCUUGAUCAACGGUGACGUGACGACCCCGUACACGAUAGCGCACUACCUACACAAAGACGACCUGUUGACUAAGGACAUGGACGUGGACGUACCAAGGACGUCCUAGGACGACGGAACCUCCCUGUGCGGGGAACUGGAGAAGCGUUAGUGUCAGACUCAGGAAAGAAUCAGUGGGGAGUUGCUUGGGCCAUUUGGUUCUCACAGUGAUUUGAACGUGCCGGUCAUGGAAUCAGAAAAAAAAAGCAAUAGAACGAUGUCUCGUGAUGAGCAGUGUGUCGAAAAUUUGACAUGCUGGGUGUGGAUAGCUCAGUUAAAAAAAAUACAGGUCGAAAUGGAACAUCCGUAACGUUAUUUUACGAGUGGUGAUAAUUGUGAAAAUUACAUCGUUUUAAGAAUUUGAAGAAAAAAAACAAUGAGAAAUCAAUGGCAAUGUACUGAAUUAUGACUGCGGUGAAAUUGUGGCCACUUUUGAUUGCAAGGUUUUUUACACUUUUGAAUGACUAUAAAGACAUGUAUUUUUUUUGAGGGGGAAAAUGUGGACCACAAAAAGGAAACGAAGACUGAGUGAGAACGACUUAUUGUAUAAAAAGCAGUGUGAAAUGCCUACAUGUA